UGCCUUGCAUGCCGGCGGGUUUCUAAAGCUGAGCCAGCCCUAUGUAACGGCAACAACAGGCGGACGGGCAAACGACAGCUAUCUGCUUAUCGCUGGACGUGCGGGAGGGGUGUGUUAUAUCUUGCUUUCGUGGAACUUGCUGUGACUCUGUCAAUUCCGUGUGCGCUUAUACGCCAUGGAAUGAGGCUCCGCACGCCUUGUAGCAGUGUAGUUGUGUAAUAUGUAGACGCUCGUAGCAACAAGGCUAGCACGUAACUGUCAUAGAUUGGUCGCGAAUGUAAAGUUAAACGCAGCGCGAACUGACGACGUUGAAUAUCCAAAAGCCACAGCAUCGGUUGGUACACUGCCAGCCGUCAUGCCAAAAAAGUUUUGACACCCAUGAGUUUUCUCGGCUGCGACAACAGCUUCGCUAUGAGGGGACUGCACCAGAUCCUGGUCGAAGUCAAACCUGAACUGAAACCGCUACCUGGCGUCGCUCUGCUGGCAAAAUCGCACGGCAUCAAAGUACCGCCUAAUGAUCGCUAUUCGUACGGGGUUGACUGCGAUGAGGUCUACCCAGGCAUAUUCGUCGGUGACGAGGGUGCCGCACGCAACAAGCACUACUUGCGUGGCCUAGGAGUGACCCAUGUUCUCAACACAGCAGAGGGUUCCCAGUUUGGUCAGGUGGACACGAGCCAGGCAUUUUAUAAUAGUCAUGGCAUUUCUUACUUGGGCCUACGCCUUGUUGACAUACCACAGGAAGACAUUGCAGCACACUUCGACAAAUGUGCCAACUUUAUCGAUGACUGCCUUGAGCACAAUGGUAAAGUGCUGGUUAACUGCCGCAUGGGAAUGUCGCGGUCUGCAACCAUAGCCAUUGCCUACUUGAUGAUCAAGAAAGGAAUGACUGUUGAUGAUGGCCUACGCACCCUACGCAUGAACCGGGCAGUACGACCCAAUAAUGGCUUCCUUUUGCAACUUGUCCAACUGGAUGCAAAACUGCGCAGCUAAAGGAAGCUCUUCAACUAUUUUGGGGGGAUGCCUCUGUGUUUUAUUUUCAGCAGGGAAAUCACCCAGCCUCUGUUCGGGAGGGAUGUCGCACUGGCUUAUAUAUCAUCCAGCUGUUCACAUUGUUUCCCUUUGGAUACCGUGCGACAUCCUAGUUGCCCAUACUUAACGGUGGCUAGUUCAGGGGCCUCCUCUUUCCAAAUAACCAGUGGUAUAGAUGCUAGAAAACUCACCUUUAUUCAUUACACCUGUGCAAAAACUUAUGUUGGAUGUUUACUGUUUUUGUAUUGGCUUUUUGCAUUGAAAUUGCAUUUCUCUGGAGCAGUGAAAAGCAAGGCAGGCUGUUGCUGGCUUGGACAAGAUUUGACAGUGCUGAGUAUCGUUUUGGCAUAUCUGGUAGUUUGCUGACUUGUUCCUUUUUCUGGCUGUUGCUGUGUUAAUUGUAGGCAGCUGUCACUAAAAAGUGAGUGUAUUUUGAUGUAGGCACUUCUUGCAGUAUGUUUGCUUGUCACUGUGGUGGAGUAAAAAUAGUAGGGGGCACUUUUGUAAUUAUAGAACUUGUUCCUUUGUUUGUGUUAACAUUAUUCUUAGUAUGCAAGUAACUAUUCUAUCAAAAGCUUAGCUGGCUUUGUGCGCCAAGUGAUCAUUGCCUCGCAGUUCUUGAGCAUGGUAAAAUAUGUGACUAGCUUCUUCUCUUAUUCAGUAAUAUACGUCAGGGCCUUAUAGUAUGUAGCAGACUCGCCGUGCUGACAAUCUAUUAUAGCAACAUGCUUGCCAUGAUACUGUGCCUGCAUUACACAGUAUUUGCAUCUGCUUGCAGAGAAUUUGAAGUGAUUUAUGGCAAUAAUGUAUGUUAUAACAUCUGCCCUUCAAAUUUUCUUGUAGUGUUUUCCUGUGCGGCUGAUGGUUGGGUCAUGUAAUUUACUGAUUGGGAAAAGAGUUGUGAGAAGACCUAAAUUGUCUGUUUCAGAUGUUUUGUUGUGGAAUUCCUGCAAAGUUUCCUACUUUUUGAAAAUCUCCAAUCGAAAUUGUAUGCAGCUGAACAAGAUUUCUUGGCAGUUAGAACUUUCUGACAGGAGUAAGCCUUUUAUAGACAAAUAUGACAGAAGUUGGCUUUAUAUAUUCAAGUAUUCUAAAUCUGUACACUGCUUGCAAGGGGUCAUAAGCCAGGCCCUCCCUUGUGGAGUGCUGUAUCUUUAUUCCAUUCUCCUUCAUUUUAGUUACAGCUUAAAAAAAUGAAAUAAAAGAAAUAUAAAAAUAAAUGCCCCCCCCUUCACCACAAGACUUCAAUUCCACCAUGCUUUCCCUGAUUUCAUUGCUCAUCUUGACUUAAUGGUCUAAGAAGUUUCUGCCUUCAACUUCCUGCCCAUGUUUGGUUUCAUAUGUUUAGAAGUGCUUGCAUUAAUUAAGCAACUUUAGGACUUUAGAGGUUUGUACAUUUUUCUGUUCUAGCAGAUCACUAUUGAUUUAUUGAUAAAUUACUGUAAGCAUACUGUACAUGCAUACAUGUCAUGGAUAUCUUCAGAAUGGUUGUUUCAAGCUUUUCCUUCACAACAUUUUAUGGCACAAAUCUUUCUUUAGCACCUGCAGAAGUGUCUGCAUGAUUUACUGCAAUAUAAUAUGUGUGUCAUGCAUGAAAUGUUUAUAAAAAUGCUGCACAUUUUAUAUUGACAUUGAUUACAUUCUUGCUACCUUCUGGUGAGGUCUGGGUGUACAUUGAGAACUUCGACAUAUAGUAUGGAAUUUAUAGUUAGGAUAAAAUACAGGCAGUCAUAAUGAAAAAAAUAUUUUAACUUGCUUUAUUCACAGGCCGAUUUCUAUAUUUGGCAAGCUGCUUUGCCCCGAGUGAUUUGCUAGCAUGCCCGAGUAAACAUGAAGUGCAGUGGUGAACUGCAAACUGUCUGAGGCUGGUUGGCGAUCUGUCUUGAGGGUCACUUUCUGUGGUUGGCCAAUUCUGUGGCACAGAUCUCGCACCUUUUGCAACUUGCCUGUUUAAAGGUUUUGAUCCUCUGGUUUCAGACGUGAAUGCUCACUUUCAGUGGUUUGUAUAAGGAGGGGUAGUGCGUACUCUCUUUUAAUGCACAGUUAUUUGCACAGAACCUGAAAUUUUGCCUUCUGAUGCUGUAGUUCAAACACAGUGCUCCAUAUUCUGAAAUAUCACUUAAGGCAAUUUGAGGAGGACACUAAGAUAAAGUGAAAGCAGACAAAGUGGAUAUUAUUGGGAAAUGUGGAAGAAGCAUAGGUGUGCAUGUGUCCCCGUGGAUUUUUCAGCAGGGAUGAACACAAGGGCAAACUUUCAUCUCUCCUUUACAUAGUUGGCAAUGCUGUGCCCUCAUGAAAAUAUUCUUGCUAUUGUAGCCAAGUUGUGCCACUUCUAGUGGUACUGUAGGCACCUUUAUGCAAUACACAACUGUGUCUGGAUAAUUUCAUAUGUACUUUUAGCCUGUCAUUUAGCAAAUUGAGAGCAAGGAAAGCCGUUUCUUUUUCCAGGGAUUGUUGUGGAGUGAUCCACUGUGAUUCUUCUAGCUUUAGUACAGAGUGCAGCGUUUCUGCUAAGUUGUGUGCACAUAUAACUGUGGCAUACAAAUUUACAAAAAAAAAAAAGAAAAACUUCUGCAUCCCUAACACAGUUGCUCUAUUUUUUAUUGACAACCUAUUCAAUUGAUCUAAAUCUGCUUAUUGAAGUGUUUCACGUUUUGUUGGGAAUGUUUAAUAUUUUUUAGACUAUAAUAGCCAAGUAUGUCUACUGGGUAUUUCUCAUGUUUGUUAUUCAUUAUUGUUGUUUGUUGUGUUGUACGUAUAUUUGCUUGGGCAUAAGCAGUAUAAAUGGUCUCUGAGCAAAGUGAUGAUAAUCCAAAGUGAGCAGUUGUUGAAAAGAGUGGCAGCCAAAAUGGAAACUAAUUAACCAUGGUUGCUGUGUGGAUAUGAUCUCUGGCGUGCUUUUAGAAGCAUUGUCUGUUUGCUGCUUUGCGUUUCUUAUACAACAAAAGAGAUGGAAGACGGCACUGACAUGCAAGUCUAGUCUGUGUGCUGUUAGGCAUUUCCUUGUUUUGAUAUACUGUUGUUGUACAAAAUAUUUUUAUAGGCUGUGAAGGAAGCCAGGUCUAUGGCCUGUGUCACAUGUUGCAUACAUGGAAGAAAAUUGCUGCCUAGUUCUCAUUCAUCAAAACUGUUUAUAUAUGUGGCACUGUUUUAUGUUGGUGUAUAAAGUCAACAAUACUUUUAUCACAUUGUCACCUUCUUUAUUUGCCCUUUUUUGUGCAUUUUAAUCAAGCUGCUCUUUUACCUUCUGUUCAGAGCUCGAUAGGCUGGAGCAGAAAGAAUAUCCUGCUUUUACUAGGUGCCGAAGGAUUUUAUCUUGUGUGUGUGUGUUACAAAUGUUGCUCCUUUAUGUAAGUUGAAGUCCACAUUGGCAACAAGAGAUGAUCUUGCAAGAUCAGAAACAUUAUACUACUUGCUAUUUUGCUGUUUUCUUAUGCUGAUGCCAGAAAAUGUUAUCUUUACUGUGAGUGCUUGAAUAAGGGUACAUUUUAUUGCCAUUUUUAGUGCAUGCCUUAUUUCGUGACAUAUUCUGAAAGCAUUGCCAUGCGAGACAUUGAAUAACUGCAAGUGAGUCGGAGCAAGCAGCAUCAUUUUGUUCUGUUAGCAUGGAAAUAGACUAAGGAAAUCUUCUGGAAAUAUGAAAUAAAAGUACCCAAAUAAUAAUAAUAGAAAAAGAAACCUUCAGGAGACGAAAAAACAAACGUCAAGCUACUGUUUUGCUGCACACCUGCUUGGAGUAGCAAGUGGGAUUAAAUUUUUUUUUCUUUUUUUCCCUGCUUAUUUAAGGUACCUUGACAUGCAUAGUGCAGCAUGACAGAAAUCUUUCAUUAUCCAGCUCGCAGGAGCACCAGCUGAUCUUCAAUUUUUCAGUGUUAGAUCAGCUGCAUCUGUUAUGCUAGCUAGCUCUUGUUGAGAGCAGGUGCAAGCUCUGCAUUCUUUUGUAUUUUUCCCAUUCCUGAAAGUGCAAAGGUUAUCUAGCAUGGGGCAGUUGGAAUGUCGAGUAGUAGGUGUGUCACUUUGCUAAGUUAAGCGAGCAACUGUUACGGGUAAGGGGUGACCAUUGCAUACACUGUGCAAAUGAGUCUUCGUGGUGCAAGUUGUCAGAGCUGGGUAGGAAUGUGGCACCAGGAGCCAUGAAGUUGCACCCUUGCACCCUUGAAGGUCAGGAUGUCUAACAGUAAUAUAGAUAGUAUGUUUAGACGUGAAUUGAACUUCAGCUUGUAUUAAUAAGUAUUGAUGCACAUGCUUUGCUUUACAAGUAAGACUUAAAUUAAGCAGCUUUGCAAAGUUUUGCAGGAGUGCACUUAUGCUUGUGGAGAAAUAUUGCUUAAAAUCUUGUGGUAAAACUGAGCGUACAGACAUCAUUCAAAAAAGAUAAAGUUGAAAGUUAUGGUACAAGACUUUUUAUAUAGCAAAUAUUGCAGUCUGAUAAAAUAGUUCCACGUAUACGGAUCAUGCCAAAUGGUUACAAGUAUGGUAAUAUAAUUGAUGAUUUCUUGAAUCGUGUACUAAAAGUGUGGUACUAGUUAAAUAUUUCAAAAAGUGCAUGGAAAUACUUUUGUAACCUUAUGAGUUGAUCCUGUGAAUUGGAUGUUAUUUGCAAUUCUUUAGGGAAGUGCUUCUGCUGUGAUGUUUGGCACUUUGAGCAUUGUAGGCACCUUCGAGGCCCUUUUAUGUCAUGUCUUUUCUAUCAUCCAUACAUCCAUGUGUUUCUGAUGUACUGUUAUGUACUUAACACCCACAAAAUUAGUUCAUAUUGUCAUAACUGAUUCAUGGAAAUGUUUUAAAAUAUUUGUCUCACGGGUUUUCUACAUAUACACAAGUCCAAUCGGCUAAAGCCUGUUUCAUUUUGCAGCUAGAGGAAACUUCCAUGCAAUUAGUAUAGAGUAACUAAUGGAGUGUCUAAAGUGAUGCUAUCGAUAUUUGCAGUUGAACAACCACAAAAAAUACCAUGAUUUGGACUUGUUAGUGACUGCAAGCAUGUUCAUAUUCUGUGGUUAUAUAUUUGCUGUUCCCUUUAAACUCUUCUGGUGUAUCAUUCAAUUCCUGUGCUGGGAAAAUGGUGGUUGUCACCACUUGUGCCUGGCAGCUCCUACAGGUUAACAUAUGUAAUGGUGUGUGCACACUUACAUGUUAGAAUUGUACUUUGUAUUCAUUUCAAAUCGUUGCACAAGCCAUUGUUUAUGUGAAGUGUAUCUAGAGUUGCAUUGAAGGUGUUGCCACAUUGGCUCAAUUGUAGGAAUUGCAGGCUUUCACGCUAAUUUAUUGCUCAGCAGUGAGUCACAUGCAGCAUCUAAGACAACUGCCUAGAUGCAACUUUUGUUGCACUCCUUAUGUUCAAGGAGGUUGAGCAACCCACCACUUGCUAAAAUAAUUUUGCGAUUCAUAUCUUGAAUGAAAAGAAGUGUGAAUUUAUGGAAAAAUAAUUGGGAAUGUGUAUUGCAAUACGCUUUCAGUGUGCACUGGUAAGCAGGAGGACAUAAAGUUUUGACAAAGCCAAUUGGUCAGAUAUAUUUUCAGUUCGGUGGCAUGGUGCAUGUGGUCAGAGAGAAAGUUUGUAAGGACAGACAGUUUACAAUGAGCUCACUUUCCUUUUCUUCUCACAAAUUUCCAUUGAACUGUGUAUGUGAAGAUGUUUCGUGGUAUGCAUUUCCCAGAAGACUGCGACAACAAAGACCCCGUUGAACCUAGCAUUUAUGACAGGUGGCAUUGUAGAAACACAAGCUUCACUGUGACAGGUGCUUGGUAAAAUGGCAGACUUUAAAAGUAGGUUAGAAAUAUAACAUAUAGUAAAAAUGUUUUGGUAUGCUCAUGUGGAAAGUUACUAGUAAUUUGAAACCUACUUUCUGGAUACACCUUUUAUGUUGUAUGCUGAACUGGUUCACAUUAAACAUUUAGUGCAUGAAGUAUAUUCAUUUAAAUUUAAAUUUACUUGUUGAACAGGUGUUUAAACACGGUUUCAACAGUUGUUUAAGCAAGAUGGUCUGCAUCAGUGCUGCCUAAGGUUUGGCACAUGUGAAGCUCCAGGUCUUGAUAAUCAAGACUUGUACUAGUGCAGAUACAUACUUGUGAAUCAGACGUACAAAUAUUGAGGCAUUCAAAUGUGGAUGAGCCAUAAUCAUACAGGAGCUCAUGCGUUACAUGUACAAGUUGUCUCAAGUAACCACCUCUAGUCUGUGUUAUAUUUCUUCGAAAGAAACCCAGGCACUGAGCACAGCUGUGUUGUGAGUGAGAAGACCACCCUUUGUCGACUAACAGCUGCUGGCGUCAUGAUUCUGGUGUAUUCAUGCUCACUGGAAGUAGCGGUUUAUCCUUAGCAGCGACUAUUUUUACUGCGGCGUCAGACAUAUGGAUGGGAUGCAAAUGCAUUGCACAGAGCUAGUCAUGUAGAUAAAGCAUGCUCUAGGUUUCGUACAAAAGCAAUUUUUUUCUACAACUUGUGCAAGGGUAGCUAUUGCAUAUUUUUUCCCAUUACUCUAAACAACGCUUGGAAAGCAAGUUAAGCAUUUCCAUUUUGCAAAGUACAAAUGCAUAGUUUUGCAUCAAGCAUAUGUAACAAAGUACACGAAGGGCAUUUUUGCUGCUUUUAUUGCCAAUGUGCACCGCCAGUGCGUGACAGUGCUGCAGCUGUGCAAGUGAACUUCCCUUGCAACUGUGAUGUUGUGCACACUGUGAAGCAUGUUGUGGUGUCUUGUUAAUUGUUGCCUGGUCUGUGUGCACAGACGUAGUUGUAAUUGUGCUAUACAGAUGCACUGUCAGUUGGUUGCCCCCAUGCUUCUGAAUAGUAUCACCUAUGCUGUGCUUGUUUGUUUUUGAUGGCACAAUGACCCUCUGUCCGCUAGUACAUAUUGUGGAGGUACAAAGACUUGUAUAUGUGCAUGCAGUAUGCACUGCCCAAAGGAAUGUUUGCAACAGUGUAUUUCAGUAGAAAUAAACUUACUGCAACUAUUGA